GCCACGCCAUUUCCCAAUGUCCCAAAACCCAUAAACAGAAAAUCAACCGAUGCUUACAAAACUUGCGAUUUUCAGUGUAAUUUUAUACCCAUGACUCGACGUUGACCUUUCUUUAUACCCACAACCAAAGUACUCACGAAAACCCUUCUACCUAAGCAAAGCUUUUUCUUGGUACUGACGGUUUUCAACUUUAUUUGACUCUAUUAAAGAAAGUGGCCAAGGUCGUCUUCAAUGGCUGUAUUGGAAUACCACACCCACGACAACAUCAAAGCUCUCUAGAGGGGUUGGCCUUCUUCAGCUUCAUCCUCUUCGAUUCUUACCUUUUUGCUUCGGAAUGUGACUUUAAUUUUGAGCAAAAAAGAGAAGACCCAUGUUGAAGUUCUUGAUGGAGAUACUAAAUUAUGUUGAGAACGGUGAGAAUGUUUCUGGUUGAAAUCUUGAGAUCGUGUCCUGUCUUUAUAUAGAGAAUCAAAAUGAAUGGUCUCACACUGGACCGUGUCAUAAAGGAUAUACUUCGUGUGGUUGAACCAUUGCAAGAUGAUUGGACAGCUCGGUUUCAAGUUAUCAACGAGCUGCGCAAUGUUGUGCAAUCUAUUGAAAGUCUUCGAGGUGCAACAAUUGAGCCAUUUGGAUCCUUUGUAUCUAACCUGUUUUCGCGAUGGGGAGACUUGGAUCUCUCUGUUCAAUUGAACAAUGGUUCUUAUACUUCAACUGCUGGGAAGAAGCGUAAGCAGACUUUACUGAGAGAUAUUCAAAAUGCAUCAAGGAAAAAUGGUCGAUGGUACAAGCUACAACUAAUCCCUCAUGCUAGAGUACCUAUUUUGAAGAUCGAACAUAUUCAGCACAACAUUUCCUGUGAUAUUUCCAUUGAUAAUCUUGUGGGUCAAAUCAAGUCCAAAAUUUUGUUGUGGGUUAAUGAAAUAGAUGGGCGCUUCCAUGAUAUGGUUUUGCUUGUCAAAGAAUGGGCAAAAGCACAUGACAUCAACAAUUCAAAACAGGGAACUUUCAACUCAUACUCUCUCAGUUUGCUUGUGAUAUUUCAUUUUCAGACAUGCUCACCAGCCAUCUUUCCUCCACUUAGAGACAUAUACCCAGGAAAUGUUGUUGAUAAUCUCAAAGCAGGUGUGAGGGCUGAGGUCGAGAACGAAAUUGCACGGACAUGUGCUACCAACAUAGCCAGGUUCAAGUCAAGAACAGCCAACAGAAGUUCUUUAUCUGAACUUUUUGUUUCAUUCCUUGCAAAGUUUUCAGAUAUAAGUUCAAAAGCAUCAGAGCUGGGAAUCUGUCCAUACACAGGGCAAUGGUUGAAAAUAGAAAGCAAUAUGAGAUGGUUGCCAAAAACAUAUGCAAUAUUUGUUGAAGAUCCAUUUGAGCAACCAGAAAACACAGCCAGGGCUAUCAACGCUAGGCAAUUGAUGAGGAUUUCUGAAGCAUUUCGGAUGACUCAUUUAAGGCUCACCUCAGUUUAUCAAAAUCGAAGUUCUAUCCUAAAUGAUUUAGCCCGACCUCAAAUAUCGCAAUUAAUCAUUAACUCAUCUGGAUCUGCUAGUGCUCCAGCAUUCAAUGUGGAAAAUUACACCCCAAUUCGUCCACAGGUUCAUCAAGCCAGAGUAAUGCAACCCCGUCCAUGGAUUCAACAUCAGUUCCAGAACAAUAUUCCCAGAUUCAAUAUGGGAAACUUCCCCGCUAUCAAUUCACAGGCUCCUCAUGCUGGAACUUCACAGUCUCAUCCACUGGUUCAACACAAAACGCCGAAAACAAAACGUAUAGUAAGCAGUCCUAACGUUUUAAAUGUGGGGGAGCCCUCAAAGACUUAUAGUGGUCAAGGCCAGCAGAAGUGGAGACCGAGAUCUCAGAGACAGGUAUUGUGAAGACACUGAACUUCAUUGUUUUGACAUUUGCUUUUGUGCACAUAAUUUGGAUAAGAAAGCUGAAAUGCUCCUCACUUGGGCAUUGUCUGUUUCAAUAUCCUUUUCACUGCUUUUUUUGUGCUCACACCAUUGGAUCUACAAGAGAUCACUAAAGCCAUUAUUUUCAGUCAGCAGAUUAUGUUUUUCUGCUGCUACUGUAAUUCUUACUUGGGAGACCAUUGUUUGUGCUAGUCUAUACCAUUUUUCUGUUAAGCUCUAUCUUUCUUCUUCCCCUUCAAUGAAGUGAAAAACCGAGUUUGAGUGAAAGGGAUAUUGAAUUUAUAGCAGUGGCCUUUGAACUCAUGAGAGUUAAGCAA